AUGGCGCCCAAAAAGAGGCUACAAGGUGUUGAUGACAAAUUGCAGAAGCUUCUGGAUGCUAACAUGGAUGAAGCUCCUGCCAGAAGGCGGGCUCGUGAGGCCUUCAAGGAAAUUCAGCUGGGGAUUGACCAUAUUUUGUUCAAGACACCCACUGAUGGAUUGAAAAUAGAGGAGUCAUAUGAGGUAAACUCCAGGGGAUUGGAGAUCUUCUGCAAGAGUUGGCUUCCAGAGGCAUCUCGCCCCAAAGCAAUAGUGUGUUACUGUCAUGGAAUUGCGAGGAAGUUGGCGUCAUAUGGAUAUGGAGUUUUCGCAAUGGAUUACCCUGGAUUUGGUCUUUCAGAAGGCCUUCAUUGCCAUAUUCCCAGCUUUGACAUUCUUGUAGAUGAUGUCAUUGAGCAUUACUCCAAUGUCAAAGGAGGCUUAUUGCAUCUUUGUGCAGUCACUGAGUCAGCUGGCCAACCAUCUUGGUGCAUCAAACAUGCACUGGAGAACCCUGAGUUCCGUACUCUUCCAAGCUUUCUCUUUGGACAGUCCCUGGGUGGAGCUGUAGCAUUGAAGGUUCAUCUAAAACAACCUAGUGCAUGGAAUGGCGCAAUACUUGUUGCACCAAUGUGCAAAGUAAAUUCUGCAACUUGA